AUAAAGCCGAGAGCGUAUGGGAUAGGUUUACACAUGAACAUAAAUAUUACGUGGACUCUGGGAGCAAUGGUGAUGUCGCCUGUGACUCCUACAAUAAGUGGAAGGAUGAUGUACGAAUUGCAAAGGAGUUGAACUUAAAGUUCUAUAGAUUUUCGAUCUCGUGGCCUCGUCUACUACCGACUGCUUUUUCAAACAAAAUCAGCGACGACGGGCGUAAUUAUUACAAUCAGUUGAUCGAUGCUCUCCUGGAAGAGGGUAUAGAGCCAAUGGUGACUCUGUUUCAUUUGGAUUUGCCUCAAAGAUUGCAGGAUCUGGGCGGCUGGGCAAACCCUUUAAUAAUCGAUUGGUUCGCCAACUACGCAAGGGUGGUAUUUUCUCUUUAUGGAGACCGAGUGAAGACCUGGAUAACUAUUAAUGAGCCCCUACUAAUUUGUGAGAUGUCGUACAGCGAUAGUAAAAUGGCCCCUGGAAUCGAAUCCAUUGAAUUAGGAAAUUAUUUGUGUGCCAAGAAUGUUUUGUUAGCUCAUGCCACAGCUUGGAGGAUUUAUGAUGAGGAGUUCAGACCGAAGUAUCACGGUAAGGUUUCCUUGACGAACAUUUUGAUAUGGUAUGAACCAACUACGGACAACGAUCGUGACCUUGGUGACAUGGCGAACCAGUUG